CUGGGGAUGAGAAAAGCUGUAACCCAUAGCUCAUCACCACCACAUUGCCCAGCCACGUGAUGCUCAGAUUUCAGCUGCCUCUGGGGCUGUGCGCUGCAGCUUCUGGCAAGGAAAAAGCCCCAGGAAGUGGCUGGAGGACUCACGCAGCACCUGGAAUUUUUCAGCUGAAAAAUGAGCAGAUUAAAAAGGAGGCAGCGAGGGCAGAUGAAAUGCAGCAGCUGUUGGCAGGAUGCAGCCAGGGCUGUCCGCCUGGGACAGUCACUGCGGGGGGAUGAAAUUCUGUGAAAAGGCUUCGUCGACUGGAGGAGCUGCUACAAGUGGCUGCAAAUGUGCUGGAAACGGAGCUUUCCCCUUCUCCAUCCCCUGUGCAUCCCGUCUCUUUGCAGCUCGAUGCAGCCGCCCCAAGGAUGUGGCUAACGCGCACAUCGAUGUGGGCAACAACACGCUGCUCAACGCCCGCCUGCGCUACACCUGUAACCCGGGCUACAAACGCAAAGCUGGUACCUCCAGCCUCAUCCAGUGCAUCCUCCGUGAUGGUUCCACCGAGCCCGACUGGACCCACACCACGCUGCAAUGCAUCCGGGACCCAGCUCUACCUCCGGAAACCCCCAGCCCUGAUGUCAUGACCACGCCGCGUGCUGAGAGGACGACCCAAAGGGCAGAAACCACUGACGCCAGCCCGACCUCCAGCCCCUCUCCAGCAGCAAUGCCCAGGCUGCCAGGAGCUGCCAGCCAGUCACCUAUUCCACCAGCACCCGAUGGGCCAUCGCUGGAGGCAUCUACACCGCCGGAGGUUCCCCCACCACUGGACACAUCCACGCUGGGAGAGGGGACGGCCCCAAGGACAUCUCUGGGGAUAACCCCUCUGCCCACCGCCCCCGCAGACCACGCCGCAGUUUCCAUCAAGACCCUGGCCUCUUCCAUUGGGUUCCCGGUGCUGGUGGUCGCCAGCAUUGUGGCUGGCUGCUGCUGCUGGAGGAUGAAAAAACGCGCGGAGCAGAACUACGAGGUGGCGAUGAUGGCCAUCCCCAUGAUGGCUCCCACCACUGAGAACGAGACGUCGCCACCCGGUGUCUUCGCCAUGGGCUGAGCACCCACCGCCCGGCAACUUGGUGCGCCCACCAGCCCGGAGGACGCUCCGGGCUCGGAUGGAAAGCCGGACACUGCCCCAGGCGGCGGUGGCACGUGGCAGAGCGUGUCCUGGUCCCCAGCUGCUCUCUGUGUAACAUGCUCGCCAUGGGGACACGUGGCUGCUCUUCCCAGCCUGAACAAGUGACUCCCAUAGAUGAGACUGCUCCAGCACCCAAAGCCAUUCGCCGGUGUGUCCGCAACCGCAGCAAAAGGUGCCGGCGCCGUCCUGCUGCGGUUGCAGGGGUCAGCCCUUGUACCGCAGCUCAGGGAUCCGACCCCAGGUGCCCGCCGGCUCCGGCCGCUUGCAGGGGACCACAAGCAGGA